UCAAACUCAAAGAAGAUCGUCCACAUUCCAUCAAUUUCUGUCUAUUCACUUGUUGUCUGAUCAUAGAAUUCUUGUUCUUCUGUCCGAAACAAGCAAUUCCAUCAUCAUGAGGUCUCAUUGGAUGCUGACGUCUCUGCUACUUCUAUCAGUUCUUGUUCCUGAAGCUCAAGGUAUGCGCUUGAGAAAGGAUCCAUCUCCAUUAGAUAAUAAACAGCAGAAAAUCAAUGAAUUUCUUCAAAGGAGAAUUACAAGUGGUGAUGGAGUUGAAGAAGGGUUUCUGUGCAAAGGGAAGCAUUGUUCAGGAAGGAUUAGAAAACUAAUUAUGGCCUCUAUUUCCACCACUCCCACCACUGCAAAGAAUGACAAAGAUAAGGCUCAUACGAAGACGGAGGGUUUUUCAGCCAACAAAAAAUUAGCGAAGAAAGACAAAAAUCUCUCUCGAAAUUUGUCGGCUGUAACCGAGCAACGACAACCCAACCCGGACAACUAUCCAGAUACUUUGGACAUAGCUGGGAUGGACUAUUCUCAGGCAAGAAGAAAACCUCCCAUACACAAUUGAGAAAUAUUUGAUGAAAUCUAUGUAUUAAAAGGAGGGGUUGAACAUGUAAAGCUUGUUGGGACAGCAAAAACAUAAGGCUGUCGAAUUUCCUUUUUUUUUUUUGUUUUUUUUAGGUUUCGAGACUAGCUCGGAAGAUUUUUUACAUAGGAUAAGGUGUUUUUUUUCUUUUUUCUUUGGAGGAUAUACAAUAUGAUGUUCAUAGAAUUUAGGUUAUUAUUAUGAUACAAAUACU